UCUUGCGGUUGACUUGCAGCAGGUAGCAGCAGUUGCGAAGGAUCUACCCCGGGGUGCGUGGUGCUAAAACUCUGCAAUUGCAGCGAACAAAAGCGUGGAACUUUCAUUUCGACCCGGUGGUGACAGUGUGUGUGUGUGUGUUUGUAAGUGUUGAGAACAGGUGAAAAGCCCCGUUCGGAAAUUGGGGAUCUAACAGUGAAAACACACCAUGGGUCUGCGUGUGAACGGUGGUGUGGGCAGGAUGUGGGCGACCGUGGGGCUGCUGCUGGUGACAAUGUGCGGUUUUUGUGCGAGUUCCGGUGGCGCUACGCCCCAGUGGGAACAUCUGGUGGACUUUGAUCCCAGCUAUCGGCUGCUGUGGAGUGUUGGGAGUCAGGAGGUGACGUUCGAGAUUCAAGCCCGCACACUCGGCUACGUGGGGGUUGGGUUCUCCCGCGAUGGGACGCUGGUCGGUGCGGAUAUUGCCGUCGGUUGGAUCGACCAGGGCCACGUAUAUCUUCAGGAUCGUCACAUCCGGCCGGACAGCGACGGUGAGCCAAUUGUCGACUCCUCGCAAGACUACACGCUGCUGCUGGGCUACGAGAACACAACCCACACCGUAAUUAGAUUUAAGCGCAAUCUGGAUACCUGUGAUAUGAAGGAUGACUUCCCGAUAACGAACGACACCAUGCGUGUCCUGUUCCUGUACUCCAAGGAGAAACCGGUGAGGGGAUCGAAUACCGCCCUACCCCAGCCACUCGUUGCCUUCAAGGGUUCGCGUUCGAUCUUCCUAACGCAGCGUUCCAGCCAGGACGAGCUGUUGAAUGCACCGAGCGUUAGCAUUCUGGAGCUUCGCAACGAAGACGUCGAGCUGCCGGACAGCGAUGAAAGUCUUUACUGGUGCAAAAUCUUCAAGCUGGACGACUUCGUGCAAAAGCACCAUCUAGUGCGGUACGAGCCAGUGUUCGAUUCCAGCACGAGCGUCCUCUACCUAAACCAUCUCAUUCUGUACGAGUGCCAAGGGUUGUCGCAGGAGCUGGAGCAACUGUCCCGCGAGCGAGGCCAACCCUGCUUCCGGCUGCAACCGAUGCACUGCAACACCGUCGUAGCUAAUUGGGCCCGUGGAUCUGACGGGUUCACCUUCCCGCCGGAAGCCGGCUAUCCGCUCGAGUCACACCAGGCCACGUACUAUAUGCUCGAGACGCACUACAACUAUCCCGACUACACGUACGACUUCUCGCCGUUCUAUCGGAAGAAUCUCAGCAAGCAGCAGCGCAACAUGAACAUUAAAUCGCGCGAUGAAACGGCCGAACCGCCGCCAGAGGACAGCGAUCCGCGCUCGAACGCCGACGAGGACCUGGCGGACGAUAUGGACGACAGUGUCGCCAUGGAGCAACAGAUGGUGGACAACUCGGGACUGAAGCUGUACUACACGCACAAGCUGCGCCAGCACGAUGCGGGCGUCCUGUCCGUGGGGCUCGAUCCGAACUGGCGUCACAUUAUUCCACCCCGGCAGGAGAACGUCGUCUCGCAGGGUCACUGCAUUGGGGCCUGCACGCAGCGGGCAUUCCCACGCGACGGCAUCAACAUCUUCGCCGUCAUGAGCCGCACGCAUCUGAUCGGACGGCAGGUGAAGCUGCGCCAGAUCCGUGGAAGCGUGGAGCUGCAGCCGAUAAUGCGUGACACAAACAUCGAUCCAAGCUAUCAGGACUACCGCCGGCUGACCGUUCCGGCGCGCGUACUCCCAGGUGACAGUCUCGUUGCGGAAUGUAUCUAUGACAGCUCGUCCCGCAAAUCCAUCACUCUCGGUGGCAUGACGACCCGGGAGGAAAUCUGUAUCAUCCUGACGCUGUACUACCCUCGUCAGCGGGAGUUGACAUCGUGCCAUUCGCUGCCAAGUCUGCCGACCGUGCUACACUCGCUGGGCAUCGAGGAGCUGGCUUCGGGGACCAACCCGGUCGUGAUAGCUUCCCCGGCCGAACUGGCCGGUAUGACGCUCGAGAGACGGCUCACAUCCUACGACUGGGAGAAUCAGUUCGAGAGCUUCCAGGACGCGACCAGGCAGGGUUCCUUCAAGCCGCUCUGCUGGACACCGACCAAUACGAUGCUGCCGGGCAUCGAAUCGGAAUCGUUCAGCAGCAACAUUACGCGCUCCUGGAAACCGAUGGACAAGUGUCGAAACAUUCACACGAACCUGGUCACCGAGACCGGGCCCAACAUGAUCGACAUGCCGGCGAUGGACGAUCACGAAUCGACCAACAUGAUCGAUAUCGAUCUGAAGGCGAAAAUGUCCCGCAGUGGGCAACAGACACCGCCCACCACCAACCAUCGUCAGGUGGGUCGCAGCUCCGGUUCAACGCUGGCCGAAUCAUUCCUCGCCCUCGCAGUCGCCGCAGUGCUUGGGUAUGCCCUGCAGUAGAAGCAGGCACGGUCGCGCAGAUAAACCCAGCGUACGGAAAGCAAUAAAUACACAUACCGAUCACUCUUAUCGACGACGACGCACGCUCCCGACCCCCGGAAGCUCAUUAAACCGCACGGAACGGAAAUAAUAUAGUGCGCCCGAUACUACAACCCUCUAGGCGUGGAGCUACUGUGCGGACAGCCUCACACACAUAGACAAGCUCUCUAUCUCUCUUAUCUGUAAAUAUGUCAUGCAUCAAAUGUGUGGUUCGAAAAAGGGCUGCAGCAUUGGUAGCAUUGUAUAGGAAAGCAGAAGGCAAACUCAAAAAGCAACAUUUAAAUGGCACACAUGAGCAUGUAUAUAAUCUCAUUGAAUGUAAACCGUACGUAAUGUAAGCACAGUAAGCGCGAGGCAAAGCGAUACAUCCAGCAUUUUUUCAGGGGACGGCAGACGGCCCCACACGUGGCAAUAUAAGCGUUGAGUAAUGUGUAGUAUUUGUGUUAGAAUUGAUUUGUUUCUGUUUUCGUUUUCGCUUCCUUUGUUCAUUACAUAUCUCGCAUCUAUUAUUUUAUGAAGCAAAGUAAUAAACUGACAGGUGUCAAAGACGUAUCAUUACCAAAAUCAUCAUCAUCAUCAUCAUCACCAUUACGAGAUAAAUGUAGUUCCUUUGCGAAGGGAUGGC